AUGAGAUAACCAUUAGAUUACAAUCAUCAAUGGUUGCAAAAGAAAAAAAAAAAAAAGUUGAGAUCCAACAUAGCCUUUGGUUCAUCUCAGGACAAACUCAAGGCCAAACAAUUGCCCACAUUACCUGAUUACGAUAUCAAUUACACUUCAGUCGAACCGAAUUCACGAAAGGCGAUAAUAGCAAAAUCGGACAAGUCUAAGAGAUCUUUAACAGAAAUAUCGAGAUCCUACAUUACUCCUUCAAGAAUGAGAUUACCAGAAUUAGUCUAAUAGUAGAACCAAGGCCUAGUGCUGAAGCCUUGUAUCUUUCAAGUCAAAGAAUACACUCCAAAAAUGUAUGAAAUUUUACCCUAUACUGCCAAUGAAUUAAAGGAAUGCUUCAAUAAUCUCUUGUAUUAUAUAUAAAUCGAUCAAUUAGGUCUAAACACAAAGUGA